GAUGUCGUUGUUGUUUCUCUUUCACGCAAGAAAAUAAAAUGGAAAAUAUUUUCAAUUGUGUUUAUGAAAAUUUUACAUUAAGUGAAAUAUUAAAUCUUUUGGUGCCAAUAUUUUCUGAUUGUGAUGAUAGGACUCUCUCAACUGAUCUGCGAAAAUUGUAAAACUAAAGCAGUGGACUCAUUUACGUUCCGAAACUUAUGCCUAAUGUCUGACAAACUUGCUCGUUCGGAAAAUAGUAUAAGCGAUGAUGAAUAUGAAAAAGACAACGAAUUUGAUGAAUCCAAUGAGAUAAUCUUUGACACUCGCACAGAAUCAUUGCCAGAAGAAGAUGAAAUUGUCUCUGAAGAUGCAAUCGAAAUCGUCGAGGAUUUUAAAGAAGUUUUAUUGUGUCCUUAUUGUCAGGAAUCAUUUGAAUCUUCAUGGGAUUUCAAUGAUCAUGUUGCACAGAAUCAUGAAUAUCAAGAUAAUGCAAAGCUUGAAAAUGAAAUUGAACAAGAAACAGUCGAACAAUCGCUUGAUGAAAGUGAACUAAAUGAGAAUGAGAUCGUUGAAGACAGUUUUAUUGUACGCGAAGAAGUUGAUCCUGAUGCUAGUGGUUCCAGUAAAGCCAAAAAAUAUAAAUGUCAUUUGUGUGGAAAGAGGUUCGAAUCGCCUUCAAAAGUUCGCCGUCAUUUGACUGUUCAUCGUGAUAUUUUACCUCAAUCAGUUCUCCCGAAACCUCCACGAAAAGAAUAUAAAUAUGAGUGUCCAUUUUGUGGAAAGCGUGUUGAAAGUCCAUCAAAACUACAACGGCAUUUAAAUGUUCAUAAUGAAGAUCAGAAAAUAUAUAAUGGAAUUAAUCAACACCGGCCUCUCGCAUGUCCACAUUGUGACUUAAGAUUCUGGAAUCGAGUGAAAGUUGAACGACAUAUGAUUGUGCAUUCUGAAGAGUUUGAGAAGUCAAAGAUCGUGCAUUCGAAUGAUCAUAAUUUUAUUUGUGUUAUUUGUCUUCAAUCAGUUCCUGAUUAUGAUGAAAACAUAAAGCACAUGAGAGCUCAUCGCGACGAUUGCGAUGAAAAUACCACAAUGUCAUGUAAAUUGUGUUCAAAAACUUAUCCGAACCUUGCAAACCUUGUUCGUCAUGCUCGAAGUCACAUUGAAAAUGCAACACAUCAAUGCAUUCAUUGUGGAAAACUUAUGGGGAUGGGCGACGAUCUCAUUGAUCACUUUCUGCGACACAAAGGAUUCAAGCCUUACAAAUGUGACGUUGAAUCAUGCGACAAAAGUUUUCUAAAGCUUCAUAAAUUGAUGCAACAUAAAUCAACACAUGGAGAGGCAAAACCAAAAAAAUUUCCUUGUAAUCUUUGUGAUAAAAGUUUUGCUGAAAUUGAAUAUCUUAAGCGACAUCAAAUUCGACAUACUGGAAGAAAGGAUCAUGCAUGUAACUUAUGUCCAGCACGUUUCAUUUUUAAAUGGGGCCUUGCAUCUCAUAUGGCUACACAUUCUAACGAAAAACCAUUGACAUGUGAUGUUUGUUCGAAGAAAUUCAGUAAACUUCAAACACUUCGAACACAUCAAAAGAUUCAUGUUGGUGAUAAAAAGUUCUCAUGCAAAACAUGCAACAUGCGAUUCAUUACCAGCGGUCAUCUGCGACGUCACACACGAUCACAUACCGGCGUUAAACCUUUUCAAUGUAAUUAUUGUGGAAAAGCUUAUGGUCAAAGUAAUGAUCUGACGAAACAUUUGAGAACGCAUCUUGGACCAAAAGUUUACAAAUGCAAUAUUGGAGAAUGUUCGGAAGCCUUUGCAAAAUUUAAUGAAUUAAAACAACACAAAAUGGAUCACUUUAGAGAAGAGGAAACAAUUUCGGAAGAAAUCUACGAAGGUGACCUCAAUUUAAUGAAACUACUUUAAUUUUUUCAAUUAAAAAUAAAAGUUUAUGAAUCCAAAUAAUUCGGGAAAAUAA